GCGCGUACCCUUACUCUCCGACUGUCAUGGCGGCCUACAGAGUCACUCCAGCUCUGCAAAGAGUGUUGCACGCUGUUAAGCAUGCAUCCUUCCAUUCGCGCUGCUGUGUCCUUCUCAGUCGGGUUCAGUACUCCACUGCCUUUGACCACAAUGAGAAGACCUUUGAUAAGAUCCUCAUUGCAAACAGAGGGGAGAUUGCCUGCAGGGUGAUGAAGACCUGCAAACUAAUGGGCAUUAAGACAGUGGCGGUGCACAGCGACGUGGACUCCAGUGCGGUGCACGUAAAGAUGGCUGACGAGGCAGUGUGUGUUGGUCCCGCCCCCACCAACCAAAGUUACCUCAACAUGGACGCCAUCAUGGAUGCUGUCAGGCAGACCGGAGCACAGGCCGUUCACCCAGGAUAUGGAUUUCUGUCUGAAAAUAAAGAGUUUGCCAGGAGGCUGGCAGCUGAGGGGGUGACCUUCAUUGGACCUGACACGCACGCCAUUCAGGCCAUGGGUGACAAAAUCGAGAGCAAGCUCAUUGCCAAGGCAGCCAAAGUCAACACCAUCCCUGGAUUUGAUGGAGUUGUCAAGGAUGCUGAGGAGGCUGUGAAGAUCGCUAAUCAAAUCGGGUAUCCUGUAAUGAUCAAAGCCUCAGCAGGAGGAGGAGGCAAAGGCAUGAGGAUCUCCUGGAAUGAUGAUGAGACUAGGGAAGGCUUUCGGUUUUCCUCACAGGAGGCUGCGUCGAGCUUUGGGGACGACCGUCUCCUCAUUGAGAAGUUUAUUGAUAACCCAAGACAUAUUGAGAUCCAGGUUCUAGCAGAUAAGCAGGGGAAUGCACUAUGGCUGAAUGAGAGGGAGUGCUCCAUCCAGAGGAGGAACCAGAAGGUGGUGGAGGAGGCGCCCAGCACAUUUCUGGACCCUGAGACGCGGCGGGCCAUGGGGGAACAGGCCGUGGCUCUAGCCAAGGCGGUCAAGUACUCCUCAGCUGGCACUGUGGAGUUCCUCGUGGACUCAAAGAAGAACUUCUACUUCCUCGAGAUGAACACUCGCCUGCAGGUUGAGCACCCCAUCACAGAGUGCAUCACGGGUGUGGACCUGGUACAACAGAUGAUCCGGGUCGCUAAGGGUUACCCACUGAAGCACAAGCAGGAGGACAUCCCUAUUAACGGCUGGGCCAUUGAGAGCAGAGUCUAUGCUGAGGACCCAUACAAGUCAUUUGGGCUGCCCUCUAUUGGGCGACUCUCUCAAUAUCAGGAGCCUGUGAACCUGCCCAAUGUUCGUGUUGACAGUGGCAUCCAAGAAGGAAGUGACAUCAGCAUCUACUAUGACCCCAUGAUCUCAAAGCUUGUGACCUAUGGAAAAACACGAGAAGAGGCCUUGAAGAAAAUGGAGGACGCUCUGGAUAAUUAUGUCAUCAGAGGUGUGACCCAUAACAUUCCACUCCUGCGGGAGAUCAUCGUUCACCCGCGCUUCAUCUCCGGCGACAUCAGCACCGCGUUCCUGCCAGAUGUGUACCCUGAGGGGUUCAAAGGUCACCUGCUGACUGCCUCCGAGCGGCGAGAACUCCUGGCCACAGCCGCCGCGCUCUUCGUGGCUGCGCAGAUCCGCUCACAGAAGUUCCUAGGACAUCUCAGGGUGUCCAACACCCAACAGGAGCGGAGGAGCUGGGAGCUUUGUGUGGAGUUGGACAAGGCCCCGCACAUGCUCGGUGUGUCUCGCUCGGGGUCCACUUACACAGUGGAGGUGGAUGGUAAGAAAGUAGAGGUGUGUGGAGACUGGAAUCUCGCCUCAGUUCUCCUGAACGUCACAGUGAACGGCACACACAGGACCUUACAGUGCCUCUCCCGUAGUGCUGCUGGGGACAUCAGUCUGCAGUAUCUGGGCACCACGUUUAAGCUGCGUGUGUUAAGUAAGCUGGCAGCAACACUCAGCAAGCAUAUGCCUGAGAAGGUUCCAGAAGACACCAGCAGCAUCCUGCGCUCACCCAUGCCUGGGACCGUGGUGGCAGUGUCCGUCAAGCCUGGAGACACGGUGGCUGAAGGCCAGGAGAUCUGUGUCAUUGAAGCCAUGAAGAUGCAAAACAGCAUGACUGCAGCAAAGACAGCCAAGGUGAAGAGUGUCCACUGUAAAGCUGGGGAGACUGUUGGUGAAGGCGAUCUUCUGGUGGAACUGGAGUAAGCUGGAGCGGACCUUAUCUACCCACCCAACCCCACACCCUCCCAGACUGCCACUAGAACCUGCCCCCUUUGACCCUGGACCUGCCUCACCACAGCUCAGAUACCCCACAUACACACUAACGGAGUACCCCAGAAUCCACUCAAUAGAAUUCACUUAACAUUCCCUUCCUCAGUGCUCCAAUAGGGACGACUGUCAUCUAUGUUUCCCUUCUCGUUUGUUCUCCUUAGCUAUGUGGCCACAUGUAAACCUCUUCUACUGGAUCGCCACUUGGUGCUUCUCUCGUUGUUCUCUUGCAGUCUACCACCCCCUAGCUCACAGGGGGUAGAAAUGUAAAUGCAUCCUUCAUGUAUACACUUGUGCCUUCCAGGUUUAUCACAACCUUCUUGGACAAGCAGCUCUAUCUCAUUCAUCCACACAUGUCAGAAUUACUCCUGCCCACACGCACAUGGGUUGGUCACAUCACAUGACAUAACUGUCAUUCCACUAACUAUCAGCUUCACCUCUGGGUGUCCUGUUGUCUGCCUUAUGGAAAGAAAAUGUUCUUACUAGGUCUUGGGGAGCUUACGCUCUCCCACCAUGUGUUUUGUUCUAGUAGAACAUCUCUGUUUCUGGACUGUAAACUCCUCACCCUUUCUCUGUCACCCCCUAGUUAUAGGAAGAAAAUCAUGAUCCUUCAGGAGUGACUAGUUAGAAUGUUUGAAAUAGAAUAUGUUGAUAUUUCUAGUCUGUUGUUUGUUUUAUGCGUGUGCAACACAAGUGGAGGAGAUUACUGAAGGUUGUGAGGAAAUGCACGAGGUCUUCUUUUAUUCCUCCCCCAAAAUGGAAACCUACACAGCGGCCCUAAACAAAAGCUCAAGAUGUGAUGUACCCUGGCUGUGAAGUUGGACAUGAUACCAGGGGGAAUCAAAGUAUGAUAAAAGAAUUACCCUUUUGUUUAGGAUCUGUAGUAGCCUGUUUAGGGGUCUGUGUGAGCACGUGUGCACGUGUCUGUGUGGGUGGGUGUGUGUGUGUGUGUGUGUGUGUGUAUAUGGUAGACAUCUAUUUCUCAGAUGUAUUUAGAAUGGGUUAAUUGAGUUUGGUGUACAGAGCGCAUUGAUGUAAGAUGGAUUGCCAUGAUCUCUGGCAGUAGCUUCUCUAGUGCUGUGGCAGUCAAGCCCAGAAGUGUGACCCUUCACCUUUAACCUGCCGACCCCUGGCUCCCCAGCAUUUUUUGCUCCAACAUGCCUCGAGUCUGAUUCGUUUGUAAAUUGUUUUCUGAAAAAGGUUUUUGUAAAAACUAUUUUGGGGGAAUGAAUGUUUUCCCACUUGGGAAAAAAAUAAACAAAUAUGAUUCUAA